AGGAGGAGGUGUUAGCGGAGGGAUACGGCAGAGGUGCAGCAGGACAAUGUGAGCUUGGAGAGUUGGAGCGACGCACUUAGCAGGAAUCCUCCCAGCCAGCAUGGAAGUGCAAUAAUUCUACAAACAAACACUUUGCUGGCCGAGCAACGUGUUGCUAAACUGCACAUUUUAAGCCGACGAAGAGCGGCGGGCGCAAUGGGAAGUGAGCGCUGAAAGAAGAAGCGGCUCCAGGGCCAGGAAAAGGGGGAAAGAUGGGUGUCGUGUUGCGGACGCUGUUGUUUUCUACUUUUUCUUUUCUCGUACAAGGUGUGCCGCUCCUCUUGUACGCCAACCGGCGGGAUCUGCGGCUGGUGGACGCGGCCCGUGACAAGGCCAACGCCACUGUAGUGGUGGGGGGGCUGGAGGAUGCCGCCGCCGUGGACUAUGUGUACUCUAUGGGUUUGAUCUAUUGGAGCGACGUGAGCGAGGAGGCCAUCAAACGCACCGUUUUCAACCAGUCGGGCAGCAGCGUCAUUCAGACGGUGGUUCCCGGGCUGGCGUCCCCAGAUGGAUUGGCCUGCGACUGGCUGGGCAGUAAACUCUACUGGACCGACUCGGAAACUAACCGUAUUGAGGUGUCCGAGCUGGAUGGAUCAUUGAGGAAAGUUCUGUUCUGGCAGGAGCUGGACCAGCCCAGAGCCAUCGCCCUGGACCCGGCACGAGGAUUCAUGUACUGGACUGACUGGGGGGAGGUUCCCAAAAUCGAGCGAGCCGGGAUGGACGGAACCAAUCGCUCCAUAAUCAUUGAUAGAGACAUCUACUGGCCCAACGGGCUGACGCUGGACUACAACCAGCAAAAACUGUACUGGGCAGACGCCAAGCACAACUUUAUCCACCGCUGUGACCUGGACGGCACCAACAGAGCGGUGGUGGUGAAAGGAGAGCUGCCUCAUCCCUUUGCCCUCACCCUGUAUGAGGACACGCUGUUUUGGACUGACUGGAACACACACUCCAUCCACUCCUGCAUGAAAGACAAUGGCGCCGUACAGCGCGUUGUCCACUCGGACAUCUUCUCGCCCAUGGACAUCCAUGUCUUCAGUCCCAAGAGACAAGUCCAGUCCAGCACGCCGUGCUCGUUGAACAACGGUGGCUGCUCUCACCUCUGCCUGCUGUCACCUGACACGCCCUUUUACCAGUGUGCCUGUCCCACCGGGGUCCAGCUGCUCCAGGACUCCAAGACCUGCCGAGACGGUGCCACUCGAAUGUUGCUCUUGGCUCGACGAACGGACCUGCGCCGCAUUUCUCUGGAUACGCCCGACUUCACCGACAUCAUCCUGCAGGUGGAUGACAUCCGUCACGCCAUCGCCAUCGACUACGACCCCGUUGAGGGUUACAUCUACUGGACAGAUGACGACGUCAAGGCCAUCCGCCGCUCCUUACCUGACGGCAGCGACGCCCAAUUUGUAGUCACGUCGCAGGUCAACCACCCAGACGGCAUUGCGGUUGACUGGAUAGCCCGGAAUCUAUACUGGACCGAUACCGGCACCGACCGCAUCGAGGUGACCAGGCUCAACGGGACGAUGCGAAAGAUCCUGAUCUCUGAAGACUUAGACGAGCCCAGGGCCAUCGUCCUGGACCCGGUGGCUGGGUACAUGUACUGGACUGACUGGGGCGAAGUCCCAAAGAUUGAGCGUGCCGACCUGGACGGGAUGGAGCGAGUGGUGAUGGUCAAUACCUCUCUGGGUUGGCCCAACGGCCUCGCGCUCGACUACGAAGAACGCAAGAUCUACUGGGGGGACGCCAAGACUGACAUGAUUGAGAUGAUGAACACGGAUGGCACAGGGAGACGGGUCUUGGUGGAGGACAAACUUCCUCACAUUUUUGGUUUCACCCUGCUUGGCGACUACAUCUACUGGACUGACUGGCAGCGACGCAGCAUCGAGCGUGUCCACAAGCACACGGCCGAGCGGGAGAUCAUCAUUGACCAGCUUCCGGACUUGAUGGGCCUCAAGGCCACGUACGUGCACGAGGCCUUAGGUACCAACCCGUGUGCAGACAACAAUGGCGGCUGCAGCCACUUGUGCCUGUUUAAGCCUGUGGGUGUUCAGUGCGGAUGUCCCAUCGGUCUCGAGCUCAUUGCAGACAUGCGCACCUGUAUCGUCCCCGAGGCCUUCCUGCUUUUCUCACGCCACACCGACAUUCGUCGCAUCUCACUAGAGACCAACAACAACAAUGUGGCUAUCCCGCUCACUGGCGUCAAGGAGGCAUCGGCUUUGGACUUUGAUGUCACGGACAACCGCAUCUACUGGACAGACAUUACUCUGAAGACCAUCAGCCGAGCCUUCAUGAACGGCAGCGCCCUCGAACAUGUGGUGGAGUUUGGUCUCGACUAUCCAGAGGGGAUGGCUGUAGACUGGUUGGGGAAGAACCUGUACUGGGCAGACACUGGCACUAACCGCAUCGAGGUGGCCAAACUGGACGGGCAGCACCGGCAGGUCCUGGUCUGGAAAGAUUUGGAUAGUCCAAGGGCUCUGGCUUUGGACCCGGCUGAAGGCUACAUGUACUGGACGGAAUGGGGCGGCAAACCAAAGAUCGACCGAUCGGCGAUGGACGGCACGGGUCGCAUCACUCUGGUGGCGGAUGUGGGCCGAGCCAACGGACUUACCAUCGACUACGCCGAGCGCCGCCUGUACUGGACCGACUUGGACACGACGCUGAUCGAGUCGGCCAACAUGCUCGGUCAGGACCGAGAGGUGAUAGCCGACGACCUACCCCACCCCUUCGGCCUCACCCAGUACCAGGACUACAUCUAUUGGACGGACUGGAGCCAGCGCAGCAUCGAACGUGCCAACAAGACAAGCGGACAGAACCGUACCAUCAUCCAGGGCCACCUGGACUAUGUCAUGGACAUCCUGGUCUUUCACUCGUCCCGACAGGGUGGCUGGAACGCUUGCGCCUCCACCAACGGUCAUUGCUCGCACCUCUGCCUCGCCGUUCCUGUCAGCAGCUUCGUAUGCGGCUGUCCUGCCCAUUUUUCGCUCAACUAUGACAACAAGACUUGCAGCGCGCCCACGUCCUUCCUGCUAUUCAGCCAGAAGACGGCCAUUAAUCGGAUGGUGAUUGAUGAGCAGCAGAGUCCCGAUAUAAUCCUGCCUAUCCACAACCUGAGGAACGUGCGCGCCAUCGAUUAUGACCCGCUGGACAAACAGCUCUACUGGAUCGACUCCAAGCAGAACGUAAUCCGCCGAGCUCAGGAGGACGGGAACCAGAGCAUGACUGUGGUGUCGGGCUCACCGGCCGGGCCCAGUCAGGGCCUGCAGCCGUACGACUUAAGCAUCGACAUCUACAGCCGCUUUAUCUACUGGACCAGCGAGGUCACCAACGUCAUAAACGUCACUCGCACGGACGGCGGCCGCGUUGGCGUGGUCCUGCGAGGGGCACACGACAAGCCCCGCGCCAUCGUGGUCAACCCGGAGAGAGGGUACAUGUACUUUACCAACCUGCUGGAGCGUUCGCCAACCAUCGAGCGGGCAGCGCUUGACGGCACAGAGCGGGAGGUUCUGUUUUUCAGCGGACUGGGCAAACCUGUCGCCCUCGCCAUUGACAACGAACUGGGGAAGCUGUUCUGGGUGGACUCUGACCUGCGGCGCAUCGAGAGCAGCGACCUGUCAGGCGGAAAUCGCAUCGUCAUCGCCGACUCCAACAUCCUGCAGCCAGUGGGCCUCACGGUGUUCGGGAAGCAUCUGUACUGGAUCGACAAGCAGCAGCAAAUGAUCGAGCGCAUCGAUAAGGUCACGCGCGAGGGCCGCACAAAGAUCCAAGCCCGCAUCGCCUACUUGAGUGACAUCCACGCUGUCCACGAGCUGGACAUGAGGGAGUAUGGCAAAAACCCGUGCACGUGGGACAAUGGCGGCUGUUCUCACAUCUGUAUCGUAAAGGGUGACGGGACCACCCGUUGCUCCUGUCCCGUCCACCUGGUUCUGCUGCAGGACGAGCUGUCCUGCGGAGAGCCACCCACCUGUUCUCCAGAGCAGUUCUCCUGCAGGUCCGGCGAAGUGGACUGCAUCCCUCAGGCAUGGCGCUGCGAUGGCUACGCAGAGUGCGACGACAGUAGCGACGAGGUGGACUGUCCCGUCUGCUCCGAGUCCGAGUUCCAGUGCGACAGCCAGCAGUGCAUUGACUUGAGCCUUCGUUGCAACGGCGAGGUCAACUGUCAGGACAACUCUGACGAGCACAAGUGCGAAGUGCGCUGCCCCGCAGACGAGUUCACCUGCUCCAAUGGUCAGUGCAUCGGCAAACACAAGAAGUGCGACAACAACAUGGACUGCACCGACAACUCGGACGAGAUCGGCUGCUAUGCCACCGACGAGCCACCUCCUUCCAACAACACCAUUGGCUCCAUCGUGGGCGUGGUUAUGGCCUUGUUUGUGGUGGGCGCCGUCUAUUUCGUGUGCCAGCGCGUCCUCUGUCCCCAGAUGAAGGACGACGGCGAGACGGUCACCAACGACUUUGUGGUCCACGGACCGUCGUCAGUGCCUCUGGGAUAUGUGCCGCAUCCCAGCUCCUUGACCAGCUCGCUGCCAGGCAUGUCUGGAGGCAAAUCUGUGAUUGGCUCCCUGAGCAUCAUGGGCGGGAGCAGCGGGCCAUCCUACGACCGCUCCCACAUCACUGGGGCCUCAUCCAGCAGCUCGUCCAGCACCAAGGGCGCCUACUUCCCAACGAUUCUAAACCCGCCUCCUUCUCCUGCCACCGUCCGCUCGCAGUACACCGUAGAGUUCGGUUACUCCUCCAACAGCCCCUCCACACACAGAUCGUACAGCUAUCGACCCUACACGUACCGCCAUUUUGCCCCGCCCACCACGCCCUGCAGCACGGACGUGUGCGACAGCGACUACACGCCGGGCCGACGUGUGCCGCUCAAGUCUAGCGCCGCCGCCAAGGGCUACACCAGCGACCUCAACUACGACUCUGAGCCUUUCCCGCCCCCGCCGACGCCACGCAGCCAGUACCUGUCGGCGGAGGAGAACUGCGAGAGCUGCCCGCCGUCGCCUUACACCGAGCGCAGCUACUCGCACCACCUAUACCCGCCGCCGCCAUCACCCUGCACGGACUCUUCGUGAGCCACAAGGAGCACAGAUGGCAGCUCCGCCCCCUCAGUGUAAAUAGGAAUUGUGCAUAAAUGAGGUCAAAAAUGGGAAACGCCAGGCUGGCUGUGGAACAUUUGUACAUUGAAAAGAGAAAAGCAUAUUUAUAUAUUUUCUAUACAGUGAUGAUGCCAUAGAGGUUUGUAUUAAGACAUUUGUACAUUUUUUAAGAAAAGCUUUUAUUAAAAUCACACACAUACAA